CGGUGUUGCCAUUCCUCCAUUCAUCAGCUGUUUCUGUUUCCACCAAGGUUGUUUCUUCUCUCCGUCCCCAAACAAAAAAGAAAUGGUGUGCAAACAUUAAGGAACUGGUCGUCAUUAAGCAGUUACAAGAGCGUCGGGUUGGAUAUACAUGAUCUUUCAUUCGCCAGUCGAUCUAGUUUAUCGUGAGGGACACCUCUCCUGAAUGCGUGUGCGCUAAUAUAACAUAGCCCAUAUCCCAACCCGACUCGACGAAGGCUUUGUUUAAGUACGUCCGUCUAUCGGUGUGAAGCUAGACGUCUGCCAGAAAUGUUUUGCUGCAAAUGUUUGAAUGUUACGAUCAAAACAAAAUCAGCCGAGCCCCCCGGGGUUGAUGUUCUGAGCUGUGAGCUGCUUGACAGCAAUGAUCCCUUCUUCAAGGAGGAUUUGGUUGAAGCAGAGGUGAUCGGCAUUGCGAAGGAGCAGCCAUGUCUUGUUCAGGUACGAAAUGUGGUCUGUUGGAUCAUACACAGAUGUAUAAAUUGUGGCAUAGAUACUCAUGCCUUGCACAGGGAAAGGGGAGCAGCUUGUGUCCUGAUAAACUCAAAUACUCUAAGUGACAAAUCAGCCAUAGGAGCCUUGAAGUCUUCAAGUUCAUUCUCUCCAGUAUUUCGCGUAGUUGUAACAAGCAAUUUGGAGACUGAUGCUCUUGUGGAAAACAUGACAGCAGAAUAUGCACGUGGAAGCAUGCAGACCACAUUAGCAGCUCUGCAACAACAAUUAACGGAAGCCCUUCAACGAGAAGCUCAGUCAGUAGAAGAAAGAGUUCGUCAAUACUCUGAGCAGCUGUACGCUGAGUUGGAGGAAUUUCGUAGCAAAGCUCAUGAUGAUCACAGGACCUUAUCAAGGCUGCUGCUUGAAAGUUGCAGCAACAGUUCCUCAGCACAAGGCAGCGUCCAGGGUCAACCUGUUCCACCAAGGGGUCAGUUCAUCUCACUGCCCCCUCCUCCACAAAGGUUUCAGACUAUUGAUGAGGGUAUUCGCCACCCAAUGGCCCCCCUCAACCAAAACACCUCAAGGUCCAGAGAUUCUAGACGCUAUUCAAAUCCUAAAUUAAACAUGUCUCCGACAAAGACAGUCUCAAGACCAGUGCCCACUGUUAGAGUGCCUCAUGAAGCUGCCUCUGACUCUGAGGGCUUGUUCCAGUUAGACGGCAUGGAUGAAAAUCCCCCAACGACUUUCCAGUCUGAAGAUGAAACUGACACUGAGGUUGAAGCUGGUGGCCAUGAGGAUGGUAUAGCUAUGUCUCGAGUGCAGUCAAGCAUCUCCAAUCUUGCCAAGUCCUUGCCUGUCUCUGUCCCUGUUUUCCCGGGUGCCCGAGGCCACGACAAUGAGUUUGAAGAAGAUGAUCUUUCACCACGUGAUCCAAUGGAUAUUGCUGCCAGCAUUAAAGCUCUCGCAAGGAGUGUUCAUGGUGACACUGUGUUUGGUGAUCUUCCUCGGCCACGAUUCAGUUCUCAGAUUUGAUUCCUGGCUGCUCAUCAAUAGAUUUUGUUUUUACUUUGAUUCAACAUUUGUGAUUUUGUGCUGUUUACAUUGUGUGCCAAACUUCAUUGUGAUGGUUCUAGAAGUUUGACCUUUAUUACCCAUUUUUACAAACUUAAAAAAAGUUUUAUUUUUUGAAAGUAAUGUUUUCUUUUCUUUAAAUACACCUUUCUUUAAAGACA